CAUCCGUAGAUGUAAACACGGCUUAAUUUCAUACUGAAUGUGUCUAAUGUGUCUAUGCCUUAUUUUUAUGGUUAAUGUUGGCAACACUAAAUUUUAUAUCUCUCUUCCCCAUCACACUCUCACCAACUCGUACUGGUUUUUGUAAAUAUUGUGUUUUUAUAAAUAAAAGUCAAGAUUAAAGUACAAAAUCUUAUUAUUUGUAUGUUCCACGAACAUAAAUGGUGCCGAAACUCUAUAAACAAGCUUCGACAAUAAACUUCGAGCAACGAAACCACACCUUCGCCGGCCGGCAAGAAAAGUAAGCUGAUUUCACUGCAUAUUGCUGAACAUACACUUGCACAAGAAUAAAUAAAUCGAAGGCCAAUCAAUACACUAUUGUGCCAUAUUGAUUUGCAAGUCGCAGUAGCCAAAAGUGAACAAUUUUAUUCAACUUUGCAAGAAAAUAACCGGCCGCCAUUUUUUGGUUCCCUUUACUUUGCAUCGAGAAAAAAUAUUACCACGCCCUGCCAUUUUUCGCCAUGACCAUGGAUAGCGAUUCGGCUGAAAAGGAAGUGGACAAGAACGCAAGGAAAGGUAUCAUAAGAAAAAUCGCACAGUGUAAAGCGUCGUUGACAAAGGCAGAAAAUUUUAUCCGCACAUUGGAAUCGCCAAUCAACAAGGACGUGGUAUCUGCGCGGCUACAACAACUGCAGGAGGUGCUGCCAAGGCAUGAGCAGCUACUGAUCGAAUUAAGUACUUUGGACGACACCCUUGAUGAAGACUAUUUCGGAAACGACGCGUUCGAGGACCGGUAUUUGGCGAUCGUGGCGAGCCUUCGAGGCCUACUGGCGCCGCAGCCGCCGUCGCCGGCUCCAGCAUCGGGCGCGCAGCAGUCUACAGACGCGUGCGCUACCAGCGUGAGGCUGCCAGAAAUAGACAUUCCUGUGUUUGACGGCAAGGACUACACAAAAUACCACUCGUUCAUCGAACUCUUUAGUGCAGUGAUAGAUAAUAAUUCUAAAUUAGCCGCAAUUCAAAAGCUUUUCUAUCUUAGAAAAUACUUAAAAGGUGAGCCAUUGUCAUUAAUCGAAGGAUUACCCGUCACCGGGGACUCAUAUGGAAAAGCUCUUGAAUUGUUGAGAAAUAGAUAUGACAAUAAGUUUCUUAUUAUCACUAACCAUGUACAAGAGCUGCUAGACUUCAAUCCACUAGUAAAGGGAGCGGCUACCAACUUAAGAGAGUUAGUGUCACAUGCUCGCCAGCACUUAGGUGCACUGAAAACAUUAGGACAACCGACCGACAGCUGGGACAUGAUAGUUUUACCCAUUUUGUUGCGAAAGGUCGACCAGUUUACUUGCAGAGCCUAUCAUUCGGAGCGUGACACCACAAAGCUGCCCCUACUGGAUGACUUCUUCGCUUUUGUGGAGCGGAGAGCUAGCAGCUUCGAGGAGAGCCAAAGAAGUGAAGACAGUCACCUAUGGACUCAAGAGCUCAAGCUACCUGGCCACCAGAUGUCUCCAGGAGUUAGCAGACCGGUUUGGGAGCAAUAUGCCGCUGGCUGCUGAGGUCAUCCGGACAGCCAUGUACGUUGACGAUGCUCUUUUUGGAGCACAGACCAUCGAUGAAGCUCUUGAGGUAAGAGAUCAAUUUAUAGACCUGCUAGGACGUGCCAAUCUGCAGCUGCAUAAAUGGGCUGCAAAUGAUGACCAAUUACUGGCUGGCAUACCAGCUGACAAGCAGCAUUUCGAAGAGCAUGAGCUCGGUAAUGAGGACCUCUCAAUGAAAGCUUUAGGGGUCUCAUUCAAUGUUAGAGAUGAUGUUUUUAAAGUGUCAUGUCCUAUAAAGCGGGUGCAGUCCUGGAAUAAAAGGUCCAUUUUGAGUGUCAUAGGCUCUUUCUUUGACCCCUUAGGGCUCGCUGGGCCAAUAAUAGUUCGAGCAAAGGAAUUUCUACAAAAAGUGUGGAAGGAGAAUCUCGAGUGGGACUCGCCCAUACCAAUGUCAUUGCUUAAGGCCUGGUUAACAUUCUAUGAACAGCUAGAACAAGUGCCUACAAUUUCUGUACAAAGAAACAUAAAUAUAAAUAAUGCGCAGGUAAUACAAUUGCUAGGAUAUUGUGACGCUUCUAGCGUCGCCUACGGCUGCUGCAUAUAUAUAAGGGUUAUUCAAGGCAGCAAAGUAACCACAACACUUUUGUGUUCAAAGUCUAGAAUUGCUCCAGUAAAAAACGCCUUGACUAUACCUAAGCUAGAGUUAAAUGGUGCAGUGUUGCUAGCCAAACUGUAUUGCAAAGUCAAAGCAAUCUAUGCUAAAAUUAACUUCAAUGCUGUACAUUUAUUUUCUGACUCCCAAGUUGUUCUGUGUUGGUUGAAGUCUAGCAGAAAUAAUAUACCGGCUUAUGUCAAAAACAGAAUAAAUUUAAUAAAUUCAAGUACUACAGAAUGUAAAUGGUUUCACAUAGAUGGAGCUUCCAAUCCAGCUGAUUGCUUGUCUCGAGGCUGCAAUCCCCAAGACCUGCCAUCGAACACCUUAUGGUGGCAUGGGCCUCCUCAACUUGACUCACUGGAGUAUGAGCCUUCACCAUCAUUGGCUUCAUGCAACCACUUACUUUGCGAGAGGGGACCUGCCGAGAGCGAGCAAGCAGCUUGUUUGGUUGUGACACAAGAACCACAAUUGUUUGAAAAAUAUUCUUCAUGGUUCACUAUGCAAAGAAUUGUAGCUUGGAUAUUAAGGUUUAAAUUCAAUUGUUUAAAUAAACAUAAUAAAAUUAAAGGAAAUUUGACUGUAAAAGAAUUGUUAAAUGCUCAAUACAGGAUAAUUUCUAUAACGCAAGGCUUGUAUUUUCCUUCGGAAAUAUCAAAAAUAAAAAAUAAUUUGCCAAUAAAAUCUAAUUUAAAAGCCUUGGCUCCAUUCAUAGAUGGAAAUGGCAUAAUGAGGGUUGGUGGCCGGUUGCAAAACGCCCCAGUGCCAUACACGCAAAAGCAUCCGAUUAUUUUGCCCAAUAAGUGUCAUGUCACGAAUUCAAUUAUUCAAAAUGAACACUGUGUAUUAAUGCAUGCUGGUAUCACCCUCGUAUUAAGUAGUCUGAAACUUAAGUAUUGGAUCAUUAGCGCCGGUCGCGAAGUAAAGAAAAUUAUUAACAAGUGCUUAAAAUGUUACAGGUUUAAGGCUCAAGCAGCCAGCCAGUUUAUGGGAUCCCUGCCCUCCGAUCGCGUCACCGAGAGCCACCCGUUCGACAAAGUUGGAAUCGACUUCUGUGGUCCGUUUCAAGUAAAACAAUCGGGCAUGCGGAGGGCCGUUGUCACCAAAGGCUACACACUGGUAAUUGUUUGCUUCGCCACUAAGGCUGUCCACCUUGAGCUAGUUUCAGACAUGACAACUCAAACAUUCUUAGCAGCCUUAAAAAGAUUCAUUGGCAGACGCGGUAUUCCCGCCAUUAUUAAUUGCGAUAAUGCACAAACGUUUAAAGGAGCCGACAACGUGCUCCACGACUUGUAUAAAUUAGUCAAUUCCAAAAAGCAUCAAUCUCAAGUGAGUGUGGCUGCUGUAGAGAAAGGAAUAACCAUUCGCUACAUCCCCUCCUACUCCCCCAACCACGGAGGCCUCUGGGAGGCCGCCGUUAAGAGUUUUAAGUUCCAUUUCAAAAGAGUGGUGGGGGAGAAUAAAUUCACGUACGAAGAAUUGACCACUAUUUUAUCCGAAAUAGAGGGUAUCCUGAAUUCCAGGCCCCUCACGCCGCUUUCAAGCGACCCUGCAGACCUAACAGCCCUAACCCCAGGACACUUCCUGACUGGUCGUCCACUCAUAUGUAUCCCUGAGCCGGAUCUAACCGAUAUCCCUCUAAAUAGACUAAGAUUCUGGAGGCGCUGUACUCAGGUCAAGCAACAUUUUUGGAAAGCCUGGUACAGCCAAUAUUUAUCGCAGCUAAAUGUUAGAAACAAGUGGAGCAAACAGUUACCAGAUGUGGAAGAAGGCAGUUUAGUUUUACUAAAAGGAGACAACGUUCCCCCGCUGCAGUGGCCCAUGGCGCGAGUGACGCGGGUGUUUCGGGGAAGCGAUGGGAGGGUAAGGGUCGCGGAGCUCAAAACCGCUACUGGUCUAACCCGUAGGUCUAUUAAUAAAAUGUGUAUCCUUCCCAUAGAUUAUUAAGUAACAAGCCAUUUUAAAACUGUUAAAUAAUUUUUAACCAUAGGUUUUUAAGCAAAUGUUAACUUGUAGUUAUGACAUGCGAAUUUUAUUAAAUAUUUAUGGCAAUUUUGAGUCUGUAAACUGUGAUAACUAAGUAGUAAUAUGUAUAGGGUGUUACUUAAACUUAAGAAUAAAGAUUUAAUUAAGAUAUAACUUCAAUUGUAUCAUGCAAGUCAUUACUAAUGUAACUUCAUGACUAUUACUGUAACUGCAUAACUAUUAACGUAACUGCAUAACUAUUAAUGUAACUGCAUAGCUAUUUUUGUAACCUUUUGCCCGGGAGAAUGUCCACAUCCGUAGAUGUAAACACGGCUUAAUUUCAUACUGAAUGUGUCUAAUGUGUCUAUGCCUUAUUUUUAUGGUUAAUGUUGGCAACACUAAAUUUUAUAUCUGUCUUCCUCAUCACGCUCUCACCAACUCGUACUGGUUUUUGUAAAUAUUGUGUUUUUAUAAAUAAAAGUCAAGAUUAAAGUACAAAAUCUUAUUAUUUGUAUGUUC